GAUUGGAACAGUAUUACAAAAAAAUGAACCGUCGAGCACUAUUUUACAGUUUCCUUGUUAUAAGUGUUUCAGUUUUCGCAUACUUUGCUUUUAGCAAGGUAUCUGAUACAAUAGUUACUGAAAUUUUAAUAAAUUCAAGCAAAGAAAAUGUUUAUGCUUUCCUCUCGAAUUUAGAGAACAUUCCUAAAAUAAGUUUGCCUGCAAAAAGUGUCUUUAUUACUAAAGAUGUUGUUGAUGAUGAAAAUGUGCGUCAUGUAAAUGUAAUAAUAGUUGAAAACUUGAAAUUUGUUGGUAAUUUAAAUUUGACAUCUUAUUUUAUAUUUGAUGAAGAGAAUUAUACUAUUAGAUCUUAUUCACACAUUUUGAAUGGAUUUCUAGAAAUAACCAACUUAUGGAAAAUUACUAACGAAGGAAAUAAAGUAAAGUUUAAGGAGAUCUAUCAGGUUGCUUCACCAAAAAUAUUAAUUAGUUUCGUAAAAAGAGAAGCAAAAGAACUUCAUCAACACAUGGUCCGAUACAGUUCAAGUCUUGGCGAUGAAAAGCCACAAUUUCCUGGCUCUCGUUCGGAAUAUACGUAUAAACUCCAAUUUUUAAUGCCCGAUCAAUAUGAAGGUAUUCCUGUAUAUCGUGUUAUGACAAGAAAAGGAGAGGUUCUAGACUCCGCUGAUGAUCCUAAUUUGGAUAAAGAAACAACUCAGAAAAUGUACAAAGAUAUGACAUUGUUGAACACUAUGGAUAGAAUAUUGUAUGAAUCCCAACGUCAAGGGAGAAUUUCUUUCUAUAUGACAAAUUACGGAGAAGAGGGCACCCAUAUUGGUUCUGCUGCUGCUUUAGACCCAAAAGAUUUGGUCUUUGGACAAUAUCGUGAAGCAGGAGUUCUCAUGCAUAGAGGCUAUACGCUUGAUGAAUUCAUGAAUCAAUGCUUGGGAAAUGUAGAUGAUGCCAACAAAGCACGCCAAAUGCCUGUACAUUAUGGCUCUGAUAAACUUAGAUUCGUUACCAUCUCAUCUCCUUUGGCUACUCAAAUUCCUCAAGCUGCAGGUGCAGCAUAUGCAUUCAAAAGAGCUCAAAAUAACUUAGUUGUUAUGUGCUAUUUUGGUGAAGGUGCGGCAUCAGAAGGUGAUGCUCACUCUGCAUUCAAUUUUGCUGCAACUCUGAAUUGCCCAGUAAUAUUCUUUUGUCGGAAUAAUGGUUACGCUAUAUCUACUCCCACCAGUGAUCAGUAUAGAGGUGAUGGAAUCGCUGCCAGAGGCCCUGGAUACGGUAUUCCUACUUUAAGAGUUGAUGGUAAUGAUGUUUGGGCUGUUUAUAAUGCUGUUCGAGAAGCAAGAAAUUUAGCCAUAAGUCAGAACAGACCUUGCUUAAUUGAAGCAAUGACUUAUCGAAUCGGCCAUCAUUCCACGUCUGAUGAUAGUCAAGCUUAUAGAUCUGUUGAUGAAGUACACUUUUGGCAUUCUGAAGACCAUCCCAUUCAAAGAUUAAGAUGGUAUAUGGAACGAAAAAAUUGGUGGAAUGAUGAAACUGAAAAAGAGUGGAUGCAAUCGUCCCGUAAACAAGUUCUUGAGGCCCUUAGCAGAGCGGAAAAAAAGAAAAAACCAAGCCCUUCUCAAAUGUUUACCGAUGUCUAUGCGGAAGUUCCACCCCAUCUUAAAAAGCAAUUUGAAGAAGUAAAAAAGCAUAUAGGCAAUUAUUCAAAAGAAUAUCCCCUUGAUAAAUUUGAGAAAUUUUGA